AUGGACCCUGAGAACACAGCAUCUGUCACCACUUCUGUAAGUACAAACAAAGACAAUAAUGACCAGACUUCUACUAAAGUACUAAGUGGCUCUGAAAAUCAAGAUUUUAAAAAUACUCAUACAAGCACACAAUUGGUAUCUCAAUCUCAAUCAACACAAACUGAGCAAGUAAUGCAAUUGCAAACACUACAACAGACACAACAAAGCCAACAAAUUCCACGAACAGCAAUAACACAGAAUCCAAAUCAAAUACAAAAGAAAACAUCUGGAUCUAAUACUGCAUAUGAAACCUCUCCUUAUAAUUCAAAUAGAAUAAAUAGUGUAUCACUUUCUACAAAUACAUUAAAUAACUCCCUUGAAUCAAAAAUCAUCACUUCUAAUGAACCAUGUAUAUUAGAAGAAGGCACUGUUUAUACAACUACAAAUCCUAUUUAUACAAAUGCAUCAUCCUAUCCAUUCCCAAUUUCAUGCCACUUGUCUACUUAUUCAACAGAUGUAUAUAUCCAAAGGUGUCCAUCUAUGCCUAGAGAUUUAUGUUGUACUCCAAUUACUUCUGGAUUAAUUAUAAAUAAGAUUAAUCCUUAUGACGCAAUGGCUUUUUUUUAUUCAGCAUUAAUAUUGAAACAUAUUUUUAGACGUAUUUUUAAGAUCCCUAUUCAAGGAGAAAAUAAUAAUCUUCAAUCAAAAAGAAAAAACUUAAGGAUGCAAAGAUUAGAAUCACCAAAUGCACAAUCUUCAUAUUGUGAAGAAUCUGAAUCACCAAAAACUGAAGCUUUAACAUUUAAUGAUUAUAAAUUAUCAGGACAAAUUUUAAAUAAUAGGGAAUCUCUAUCACAAGGAACAUCAUAUUCAAGACAUGAGGAACUUGAAUCAAUAUACAAAUCAAACUUAGAACAUCAAAAAGCUCAAUCAUCACAAGAAGAAGUCUUAGGGAAUCGAGAAUCUGAAUCAUCAGAGGAAAAAACCUUAAAACGUCAAAAUGACGAAUCAUUAGAAAACGAAAAUAUUAGGCGUCAAAGAACUUAUUGA